GACGAUAUUACGGUAUGAAGAUGUUACGAAGAUCUUUCGAAAAGCUCAAGGCGCAUUGGUUCGAGGUGAAACAAAUUCACAGAUUAAUAUAUAAAGCCGACGUCUUUUACAAGGGAAAAUUAACUAAGAAAACAUUCAGUGAAUGGCUCUCUUACACCGUGAGGGCGAAGAUGAUUAAGAAACAGAAAGAUAUCGUAAGAUGGAAUUACGACGAACGAUUAUUAAAAACUACAAUGUCUAGUUGGAAAACAAUAGCAAAGAAAAGGAAAAAUUUUAAGAUUAUACGACACAACGCAAUAGAAUUAUACUACUCGAUGUACACUUUGCUGUUAUUACUGAAACUAUCGGAUUAUUUUCACGAGCAAAUAAAGCAGAGUUUACUCGAAAUGAAAUCCAUUUUAAUUGGAAGAUCUAUUUUCAUGCGAAAAUACAUGAGAAGAUGGAGAUCGUAUGUAUUUCAACAGAAAAAUGAGAGAAGUCUCAGAUCCAAGGCAGAGAAUUAUUAUACAUACAAAGUGAGCGGAUUUUAUUUUGCACGUUGGCGGAAGUACGUUUGUUAUAAAUGUACAAAACGAGAAAUCGUUCAGAUUUGCAUAGACCUGUACGAAGACAAUUUAUUGAAAAUGGUGCUGCAAUUCUGGAAGAAUAAGACCACAUUACAAAUUAUUGAAAAGCAACGCAUGAUGGUAGCAGCUAAAUUUCACGAUGAUAUGCUCAAGCGUAAAUUGUUAAAAACAUGGAGACGUUAUGUACGUCACAAAUUACAAGGGAGAACCCUGAAGCACAAAGCAAACUUUUUUUACACAAUGAGAUUGAAACAAAAAAUUUUAGACGCUUUAUCGAACAACGUUACCUGUUGCAAAAAUACCAAAUUGGCGAUGCAAAAGUUGAAGCUGUUUUACAAAAGAUUGUUGAUUUUAAAUGUAUGGAAUAAAUGGACGAUCAUGAUCGAUGAAAAAAAUGAUUUCGAGUUAAGGGAUAAGAUUUUAAUGGCAAAGUCUUUCUACAAGCGGCAUAUUAUUGGAAAAUGUCUAGCGAAGUGGAUCGAAUAUAAGAUAUUUCAACAGAAAAUAAAGUCAUUGAAUGCAAAGGCUUUCGAUUUGUGUAGAACGUUUUACUGCAAGCAAUUCUUGAACACGUGGAAAAAGACCUACAAUAAAAAAAGACGAAUCAUCUUAUUGGAAGAAAAAGCUCUCCAAUUUUUUAAAGACUCCUUACUGCAGAAUGCUAUUUCACGAUGGAUAAGAUCUUAUAAUAACAGAAUAUCUAUGAAAGCAAAGUAUCUGAUGUCAAGUCUACAUUAUGAGAAGAAAAUAGUCGGCAAGUGUUUUACUGCCUGGAUUAAUUUUUGCAAUGAAAAUAUUCGGGUGCAAAAUUUAUUGAACGAAGCAAACGAGUAUUAUUUAGAAAUGCUGCAGCGGAAAACUUUUAAAAUGCUAUCAAUGAAUAUAGAGAGAAAAAAAGUAAAACGGGAGAAGAUAGAAACGGUCAACAACUUUUAUAAAAAGAAUCUUGUAAAUAGAGUAUUUGGAAACUGGCGGGAGCAUUGUCUUCGGGUGAAAGAAUUGAAUAAGAAAGUUGAGGAAUAUAAUCGAAGGGCACAAAACAAGUUGAAACUGAAAUUGAUUUUACAAUGGAAACUAUAUGUAAAUCAUAAAAAAUCUAGUUUCAGGAAAAGAUCGGUGUCUAGAUCUUACUAUCAAAAAAAGAUAUACUCGAAAACGUUUGAUCAUUUGAAACACUACGUAAAUUAUAGGAGAAGCAAAAAAAUUCGUUUGUCUUAUUUGGAAGAUAGAGUAGAAAAAAUUGAAUUCAUUGCUAAAACAAUAUAUUUUCAACACUGGAGAGUGGCUAGAUUGUUGCUUCUAAAAGAAAAGUGUAAACUGUUUCAUGCUCAUGAAUUCCACCAAUCUCAUUUAAAACGAAAAUACUUUUGUUUAUGGAAAAAGUUUCUGUUUAAUCAUAAAACAAAGCGUCAACACCAGACCAAUUUGAACAACAUUAUUAAUGUUUUCAUCUUGAAAAAGUGUUUAAAGAUUUGGUACAUCAGAUAUGGAACUCUGAUGAAAAAUCAUCUGAAUCAGAGGUGGGCUGAUAAAAUUUACGAAAUGAAAAUCAGUUACAAGUAUUUCAUCGUAUGGAAAUAUUAUACUGAAGUUCGUUUAACAGAGAAACAAGAGAUAUAUAACGCCAGAGAGUAUCACAAGAAAUUAAUUAUUAAAGAGGGUCUGCAACACUUGAUUAAAUUCUUUCUCAGUAGCACAGAAUUAAGAUAUGAAACACACUUAAAUAAUGUUGCGAUGAAUUCCGCUCACGAAUUUGAAUUGUUGAGAAAGUAUUUCAACAAGUGGAAUAAAACUGUUUUCUGUAAAUCUCAGACUAAAUCACAAGUAACUACCAGUCGAAACGAUCUUGAAAGUUACACACCUAUACUGCAAUCAAAACACAAUGAUAAUAUAUAUGCGUGUAACUUUAUUCCCCGUUUUGUGAUACCUGAUUUUAUGAAAGACGAGAUUAAAUUACGUUUCGGCAUUGGACAUUGUUCCGAUAAAAUUCCAGUUAUCGUCAGCAAGGUAGAAAUACCGAGAGAUCGUACCCCAAAGACUGAAUAUUUUGUCAAAGACGCAAAAUUAAAAACAAGGGUGUUAUCUUCUCGAUUGAAUGAUAAUAACCAAGGGUACAAACACUUGUCAGGUCAAUUGAUUCCGAAUCAGUUUGAAUUGAGAAGCAAAUCAAGAAAUGAUCAAAAAUUUUCGAUGGAUAAUCUAAUGAGAUUUCGCAAGUUGAGGUUGAAUGCUAGUGAAGUUUUAGCUAGAAAAAUAACGAGCUCUAACGAAAUUUCAUAUUCACUUUCCCCUGAUGGUUCAAAAUCAGAUUCAGAUUCAAUAAAAACGUAUCUAAUAGAAAAUCCUACAUAUUUUAGGAAUUUAGGUGACGAAAUCUCGUUUGCAAGUAAACCACAAGAUGAAGAUUGUAAUAAAGAGAACGAAUUCAAAUUGUUACCACCGUCAGCUUUUUAUGUUGCGAAGUGAACGUCUGAAUCAACGAAAAUAUUGUAAGCAUUUACCAGUGAUUUUUACAAUAGGUAGGGUAUUGACAAUUUUUAAACAUUCGC